AUGGCGAUUGGAAAACAACGUAACACACAACGUCGUCUUGAUAAUGAAACUAAGAGAACCAAGCAUAAAUUUGGGAUGGGCACAGGAUUAGAGCAACAUGCAACAAAAGUGUAUACGAAUACAGUUUUUGCAGAAGUUCGAAAGGAGAUAUACAAAGGAGCACGAAAUUGUUCAAUUGAUAGUGUAGAAAAUAUGAACGGGUGGCAGGUAGUAAUGAUUACACAUUCGGACAAAAGAAGACAAGUGAAAACAAAGUGUGAGGUGGAACUGAAGUUGCCAGAAAAGGAAAUGAAUUGUACAUGCGAACUCUUCAAGCGAAUGGGUAUUUUGUGUCGACAUGUGUUUGUAGUUCUGAAGAAUAAUCACAUUGAGGAGAUACUCGAGCAAUAUAUUAUGCGGAGGUGGAGAAGGGAUAUUAUUUCUAGCCAUUUGUUGGUCAGUAAGAAUGGGCUUGCUGAAAUGGAAGAUGAAACUUUUAAAUUGUUAACCGAAGCAUAUAGUAACAUGGAGUACUGUCUGGAGCGUCUUUAG